UCUCCGGGCUUGUGGCGCAGCGCGUCUCCUUCGCAGCGCCCUUGCCAUUGCGCGGGCGCCGGCGAGGGAGGACGAAUGGCGGCGGCGGAGGAAGCUGUAGCCGCGGCGGCGGCGGCUGCUGCUGCUGCGACUGGGUCUGGGUCUGGUGAGUGGGAGGCCCCUACGCGAGUGCUGCGGGCUCUCACGUGGCUCGGGCAGGAGUUCAUGUCAGACUGGGAGGCCCAGGACUUGCGGGCCGCCCUCUUCCAGCUGCUUUUGCUGUGGCUGCUGGUGAGCUUGCUCGGCAUCCAGGUGGCCUGGCGCGUCUACGGGAACACCGUCACCGGCCUCUACUACCGGCAAGGCCCUGGAGGACAAAAUGGAGGGACACCAGACGGAUCCUCCCACUUCUCAAUGUGGGAGAGCUCAAGCAAUGAGACUUUGAAAACACACCGGGAGUGAUGACAAGAGGUGACCAUACCAGGCUCCUGUUGCUCCCAGCUCCUCCAGGAGCAUAGAGUAUGCUGAUGCCUGCCUGCCUGCCGCCCGCCCAGAGGCCUUGCUCUUUCAGUACUGAGGAAAUUGCAGCCAUAGUCGCCCUUUUUCCCAUCCUGUGGCCUGGCUGAUGGCAAACACUGGUGCUGAGGACUGCUCCUCUCCGUCCACUUACCAGGCACUGAGUCUCAGGAUUGCUCUACUCAGGUUGGGGAAGAGGCUGCUGUCUCCAUGAAGCUUUCUCUCACUGUGCCACAAAUCCAUUGAGCCUGCCUCUUUCCACUGUCACAACUCCUUGUGGUGUGGACCCCAUUUCUUUCUGCAGCAGUGCUUGAAUUCCCCUUGCCUUGAAUCAGCCUCUCCUCAGAGGGAGGCAGAUGCACACACACACACACGUGAUGGAUGAAAAAAUAAUUUCUCCAGUUGAGCUUAAACUGUGUUUUGCUAACAUCCAUUCUUGUAUUGGAAAGCUGUAGAGGUUUGUCCAACUCAUCAGACCCUUGAUGGCGUCCUAUCUGAGUCAGGCUUCGUGGUCUGUGCCAAUGACUAUCUUUAAGCUUGCUAGUUUUAUAAAAUAGUUCUGUCUCCAAACUAUAGGCUCAUGGUGUUCAUGCUCUGGAGGGGUAUGGUAAAGUUCUCUUUGCAGCUGUGUAGUACCAGAGAUACUGAGGUGACACUGAGUGUGUGCGCACACACCUUAUUCCACCAGCCGGCUGCCUCCUAUUCUCUUGGCUCGUUGUGUGUAAUAUAUGGAUUAUAAAGAAGUGAUGGGAAAAACAAA